GUAAAGGUUUUAGUCCAUAGUUGGUUGGCUCCAAGGCAGCAUGGCAUGGCAGAGGGGCAUCGCAGAGGAGAAAGAGUUCAUGGUGGGCAGAAGGCAAAAAGCAGCAAUCAAUAAGCAACCAACAGCAAACCUCUUUCUAUCCCUUAUAUCUUAUCCAGACCACCCACCCUUAGGGUAGGUAGCACUCACACCCAGGGUGGGCCACCCUUCAUCCUAGCAUAGCACCAUGAAUCAAUCACAGCAUCAUAUCUUUGAUCCCAUCAGCACACACCCUAGAUCUAGCUACCUCCAAAAAGCCUAUGACUGCACCAGGCUUUGGGGGGGACACUUGGAUACAAGCCAUAACAAUGAGCUAACUAAACCACUUUUCAUACACAUUUACCCACUCUUAUAUGUUUAAUUCAAGCAAUGGAAAGUAAACUAAUAUGGUGUUUCUGAGUGACAUGAACGUUUGACUGAAUAAAGUAUGUGGGUGAACCUCGUCUAAUCAGUCUAAGGAUUGAAUAGAACAAAAGGGUUGACUCUCCUUCCAGGAAGAAGGAAUUCCUUUUGCCUACCUUUGAACUGGGACACUGGGCUUUUCUUGACUUCAGAUUCAAACUGAAAUGCCUUUUGUUCCCAGCCAGACCUGUUUUUUGAGGCAGGGUCUCCUAGAUUGCCUAAGCUGGGCUUGAAUUUGAGAUCUUCCUGCCUCAGCCUCCUGGCCAGCUGGGAUGACAGGCACAGGCCACCAUGCCAGACAGAGGGAAGUCUUGGGGGGCAGGGAAGCCAGGUCUGGAGGGCUGGGGAGGGGUCUGGGCAGCAGCACAUGUGGAGGAGGGGUCACCUUAGCUCCUGCAAGCGAGUGGUGUCAGAUCCAGUUGCACUGCUUUGUGGCUGAAAGGGGAGCCCACUCCACAGCGCAGCCCAGCCCAGCCCUGCUUGCCUCCUGCUGCCUGCCUCCUCGUGGGGGCAGUAAUUCGAGCCCAGGGAGGGAGCCCCGGCUGCCCCAGGGCCCUAACCCCCUUUCCAGCCACCUUCUGCCCAGGCACAGCUGCCCAGAGGAGCGCAUGCAGGUAAGAGCUGCUGCACCUCGGGCUGGCUGGGUGGGAGGGGUCACAGCCGGCGGGUGGCAGGACGCUGCCCAGAGCACCUCCUGCGGCCCCCGGCUGCCCCCAGGGUCAGCAGCCGCCUUCCAGCCCCGCGGCCUGGUGCCGUCCCCUGGGCCAGCACCCACCUUCACCGCGUGUUGCAGCAGCAGGCAGUGUGGGCUGUGACACGGCCGCUGUGCCCACCACCUCCCUGCCCAGGAUGCUGCAGCCUGAGGGGCCUUGGCCCCUGGAGGGGGGGGCGGCCCCCACAGCCCGGCCGAACGACUGCGUCGUCUGCUACUCGGCCUACGACCUCACCGGGCACCUGCCCCGCCGCCUGUACUGCGGCCACACCUUCUGCCAGGCAUGCGUGCGGCACCUGGAUGCCCUGGCCCACGGGCAGCGCUGGAUCCCCUGCCCGCAGUGCCGCCAGAGCACACCCACGCCUCGCGGAGGGGUGGCCAUGCUGGACCUGGACCUGGCCGCCUUCCUGGCCAUCAAGGCCGAGCGGGAGCCAGCGAGGGCACAGCCGCAGGGUCCUGCACUCAAGGCCGAUGCCGCAGUCACGGAGCAGCCAGCCGCGCUCCACCUCGCCCUGGGCCCCCAAGCCCACUCCCCCCGGCCCCGAUGCCCACCCUGCUGCUGCAGUUGUAGCCGUUUAUGCUGGGGCCCCCAGCGGUCUGAGCCCUGACCACCCUUGAAGGGGGAUGGCUGCCUGGGGCAACCACGGGCCACCCAGAGCCACUGGGCGGCUCACCAUCUGGGUGCAGCCCCAUGUGGCCCCUCGAGGUGCUGCCAACCCCACCAUGGACACCCGCAGGCCACAGCUUGAGGGGCGGCAGCCUUGGUGCCCAGAGACUGUGCAGGGGGCUGGUGGCCUCGCCGACCCUAGUGGCCUGACUGUGCGCCUGCUCUCAGAGUGACCUGAAAGCAGGCCUGGGGUUAGCUUAGAAGCAGCUGCUGGAGGCUGCAAUGGCCGACCCCAGGAUGCAGGUGCAGGCCAAAGGGCAGGGCCAGGCUGGAGCUGGUCUUGAGUGGGUGGAGCCCUCAGGGCAGGGGCCCCUCUCCCAGGAAGAGG